ACGGAACAAACUUGUGUAAAUACCAAAAUGAAGUGGCUAAUAGUGGUGGUGAACAUUAUGGUUUGGGGAACAAUUUUGGCCGGAUUCGCUCCGCCUGGAUCGUGCCCUCCGGUGUGUGCGUGUAAAUGGAAGGGUGGCAAACAAACAGUGGAAUGUGUCGACAGGGCCCUCAUUACGGUGCCGGAGCCCGUCGACCCCGCUACUCAAGUGCUGGAUCUUUCAGGAAAUAAUUUGCAAAUCCUCCCCCAGGAAGCAUUCGCUAGAACGGGACUUGUUAAUUUACAGCGAGUAUAUUUACGUAGUUGCAAUAUUGGCCAAAUAAACGAUCGGGCUUUUAAAGGCCUUACUAAUUUGGUAGAAUUAGACCUGUCCCACAAUUUACUUACUCAAGUACCAUCAAGCAGCUUCAAAGACGCUCCUUUUCUCCGAGAUUUAACUUUAAGUCAUAACCCUAUAAUAAAAAUACAUGCAGAGGCAUUGAGCAGUCUCGGGAGUAUCGUGAAGCUUGAUUUAUCCAAAUGCGAUAUUAGAGAUAUCGCUUCCGACGCUUUCAGAAAUUCACGGUCUCUAGAAUCUUUGAAGUUAAACCACAACAAUCUGCGGGACUUACCGUUAAGUUCUCUCGAGAAAUUGGAGAAACUUCGCGUUAUAGAUUUAUCUGACAAUCCUUGGACUUGUGAUUGUCGUUUAAGAGAUUUAAAGAUGUGGCUCGCGAAACAUAAACUGCUUUCAACUCCGACAUGUUCGUCUCCUGCGAGGUUGACUAAUAAGCUUUUUUCGGAAUUAACAAUAGAAGAGUUUGCGUGUAAACCAGAAAUUUUACCCAACACUAGAAACGCUGUUGCGAGAAUUGGAGAAAAUGCGACUGUUGUUUGUAAGACGGAAGGCGUGCCGAGCGCGAACGUUAAUUGGUAUUGGAAUGGCCGUUUAUUACAAAAUGGAAGUAGCUUUAAUAACCACCAAAAAAUUAUUAUACUGGAAGAGGGAGAAUUGAAAAAGAAAUCAUCGCUAAUUCUUACAAAUGUGCAGGAUUCGGAUCCGAUCGAGUUUUACUGUGUAGCAGAAAACAAAGGUGGCAACGCGGAAGCUAACUUCACGGUCCAUGUUUCCCAGAUAGCAGGAAUGGCGUCAUUAGACAGCGCACAAAUUGCGAGUCUGGGAGCCGCAUUGUUCUUGCUUAUUGUUGUAAUUUCCCUCGGUUUACUUAUAACAUUUGUAAGAUUUCGUCCUUCUCCAUCUUGUGAAAGCAAAACUCCGAACACAUUAGAUAGAGUGGUGUCAGGAAAUGAAGUACAUCCUACAACUAACGACAGGCCGCAUGUAGCUGUAUUAGCCAACAGACAGGAAUCACCAAAUUAUAAUGACACAAAAUGCAACCCAGUGGUGAAGCCUCCGCGCGUCGGUGACAUGCCCUAUACUACUAAUCACUACGAAGGGAGAGGCAGUAUCGUAACGGCCGGAGGACCUGUAAUGGUUUCACCAACGAUCUCCGCCGGCAUCGAUCCCGACUUAAUCAACGACACUCGGCCGGACAGUGUUGCAAGACCUGGAAGCGGCGAAUAUGCUAGGGAAACUUCAGACUCAUUAUAUCCGUCGGGUCUCUGGGAGCAAAUAAAAAUGAAUCAGGCGAGCAGUUUAGCAAGAGCAGUGAGUACUGCGCUUCCUAGUUAUUACACAGAUAGGACUCCUAUUAUAGAAAACUCCAGCGUUAACGGUUCGCAAGAGGAAUUGGGAUACAUGAGUCGAACUUUUCCGCGAUCACAUGCGAUGACAGGUGUGACGACAGCUCCGAUAGAUUCAUCGUAUCCUCCAGACUACGGCCCGCCGGCUGCGGCAGGCGCACAGGGCGCGACGGGAGCGCGCACACUGCGCGUGUGGCAGCGUGCCCCGCCAGUGCUGCCCCCGGUGUCAGCUUUAAAACGCGUACUAACCAUAACCAGACCUGCGACAGAAGAUGGCUUUCACGAUGGCUGUGCUACUGAUGUUUGAAUAUUAUAUAAAAAUUGUAUAAAAUUCAAUCAUACCUUGUUCAAAUGUAAAUAUUAAUUGUAUACAGAAUAUUGUGGCGCGUGUAAUCUAUACGUACCUACUAAGCUGAUUAGUUACUGUUAGCGUAAUAGUUUUUGUAUUAUAUAAAUUAUUAUUUAGAUGGUUAGUGGAAAGUUUCAUUGGGUCCUAAUGUUUGAGGAAUCCGCGACUGAUUAGAUGAUGGAAGUAUAAGUGUAAAUUUAUCGUUAUACGGAACGGUAUUAUCUUUGAUCGCCAAAUAAAUAAAUUAUAAAUAUACAAAUUAAAAUUAUAUCCUGAAUGUUGAACCUAUGUAAUAAUGAGUUUAAGAGAAUAAAUAAAUGGAAGCAAGUUAUCCAAAGACAUUUUCCAGUGAGGUUAAGUAACCUGUAAUAAUUGUUGUAAUGCACGAUGAAUGUUGUUCGAUGUAUGAUGAUGUAUGUCAAACUGUGUUGAAAAAAGAGUAUUAGCAAAAUGAGAAAUAAACAUGGCGAUUAAACUGUA